UCAUUAAUUUAGAUGUUAUGCUUAUCCACAUGGAAAUAUAUGCAUAUUAUUUUCCUCCAGCCUGGGCUUAAACCCCAUCACAUUCACAUAUAAAGUUUGUAAUUCCUUCUUUCCAUCCAUGAUCACUCACUGUUUCUUCCUUUUCUUAUCUCUCUCUUCUGAUCACAUAAUCUCCUCUUUUAAUACAAUUCUGUUUCUUCCAUUGCUAAAGUAGUCAGUGAGGCCCUUCUCAAACUAUGUUAAUUUCCCCUUUCAUGGCACUUUUAUGGUUUGUAUCUGUCUAUAGUAGACUUUAAUUUGGUCAGUAUUCAAGAAGUUUAUCACAUUACAAACAAACUCUAAUAGCACUUGGUCUAUUUUUUGUAUUGUUCUGGAUAAAACUCAUUGGUUCUGUGAAGUUUGGUUUUCCCAAUAAAAUUUGGCCUUAAGCUUCUUUGUUUUCCCUAUGGUUGUAGUCACUUUCAACCUUUUCAUUGAGUAUUAUAACAAGUAUUUGGUUGAGACUUGAGCUAGAGGUUAGAGACUUAGAGUAGUGACAUAAAAAAGAACUUCUUUCAGCUCAGAUGGGGAAAAUUGGUAGAAUGUUGGACACUUUCUGUCUUUCUUCUUGUUCAAAUCCCUGCUUCUGUGUAAAUUCCAUAGAAUUUGAAGAUGAAUUUGAGAGCAAGCCUUUGAUUGCAAAUGGCAGUGAUCAUAAACUGAGACUGAAGGAUGUUGUUGCUGGAAAGCAAACAUUGGGUUUUCAAUUGAAGCCCAAGAUUGUGAUAUUGAGGGUGUCAAUGCAUUGCCAUGCCUGUGCAAGGAAAGUUGAGAAACAUAUCUCAAAGCUGGAAGGAGUGAGCUCAUACAAGGUAGAUCUGGUUAAUAAAACUGUAGUUGUUAUUGGUGACAUUCUCCCUAUGGAAGUGUUGGAAAGUGUGUCUAAAGUGAAAAAUGCACAGCUUUGGAAUCCUACAUCAUGCUAAGGGGGAAAAUUUCUGUGCAAACCACCACCAGCCUCAGCUGAUUGGACCAAGACAAAAAAGUUGUCAUAAAAGGAAGGAACUCAAAUUUCACUAUGCCAUUUUGUUGUUAUUAUAAAUAUAUAAUAAAUAUUAAUAUCCUGUGCCAUGUUCCAGCAA